UUGGUUAUUCGAAUUUUUGCGCAUGCGCGUUUAAACGGUUUAAACGAAUAAGUGAAUUGUCACUUUUGUUUACAUUUUCUUACAAAUUUGUGCUCUUUUAUUUAUUAUCUCAUGUGAUUUGUUGAUUUGAUUCCUUUUUUAGGAAUUUUGUUCUAGUUUUUGGAAAGAUUUUCAAAUAACCAAGAGAAUCUGUUGAGAAAAGAGAGAGAAGGUUCUUCUCGAGAUGGUUACCAUCAAUGACAGGGAUGUCCCAAUACUUAUUGGCGCCGUUGCAGGAGCUCUCGGUUUACUGAUUAUCAUAUUGGCCGCUAUAUUAGCUUGGUAUUGCUGUAAAUAUGGAAUCCGUCGUCAAAAAAGUGCUUAUUGUUUGGAUGAUGAGAACGAAAAAUGGGCUUCAUGCUCUAACCUUGGAUCUGGAAUUUUCGCUGACAAUGAUUCGGUUAUUUUCACUGGCAUGGAGAAUCUCAAUAAACAGAAUGUGAAAGGACAUAAUAUCAAGAGAUCUUUAUCUGCUCAACUUCAUAUGGUUAAUCCUAACCUAACCAUGGACUCGGCAAAAUCAUCAAUCACUGAGAAACAAUAUCCUCACAGUAUUGAAACAAUUAAGAAUCACUUGAAACAAUCUGAUGCAAUUAUUUCCGCUGAAAUUUGCGAUGAGAAAUCCAAAAACAAUCAAGUUAAUUGUAAAGAUAAAAAUAAUUUAAUUGCUUCUAAAAAUCCAAAUUAUAUUGAUGGUGGAGUGAAAGAUGAAGAUGAUGAAGAAGAUGAAUAUAACAAUAUUGAUGACAAGUUUAGAUAUAAUAGCAAAAGUCAAUUAUAUUCUGCAGUAAUUAACAACAUUAAUCAUGCUAAUUGUAGUUAUAUUAGUGAUAUAAUCAAUGAUGGUGCUAACCUUAAAACUCGUAGUCUUCCCUGGAAAAAAAAUGCUACCGAAAUUGAAGAAUCAAUUAAAUUGCCCAACAACAAUCAAACCAAGCUUAAUUUCACCAAAAAACGUGCUAAUCGUAUGAGGAAUGACAGUGCCGCCGCUAUUGCCCUUAAUCUCAGUGGUGCCACAACCACACACUCAGGGUAUCUCACCAAGGAGACUGAUUGUUUGGUCGAUAAUGAUUCGCUAAUUGAUAAUGAGGCUGUUGUUGUUUACGAUGAACGAACUGUCCUUUAAGCCCGUGGGUCAGAGUUUCUAAGCAAUAACCAUCUAAACCACCACCAUUUGAAACUUAUCCUAAUUACCAGAAUUUAUUACAACACCAACGACAAUACCAACAACAAUCAAAAAAGUUAAUAAGUAAUUUUGAUUCAGUAAAUCAGCAAGGAAACAAUCAAUAAUUAAUCAUUGCCUUGUCUACCAUUGUAGUAAUAUUCAAACAAGAAGAGAGAUUAAUUUUAUGAUUUAUAAGAAGCUGAUUGUAAAAUCAUCAAAUCAAUUAUUAAUUAGCUCUUAAUUAAUUUACAUUGUUUAAUUGUGUUAACAAAAUGAAAACCAAAGAUAUUAAAUCAAAACAAUUAACUUAUUUUUAACUUCAAACCAAAGACAUUGUAUAAAAAACAAGAGAGAGCGAGAUCGUAAUUGUAAUUGUAAACAUUAAAUUACGAUGAUUAAAUUUCAAUUGAGAGACACAA